AUGUCUACCUCAGACUUACCAUCCCCGCCUGCCUCAGCUACCUCGCCUGGCCCCCCUCCCCAGCUGCCCGUCCGCCCUCCCCUCUCCCGCCCCCUCAGCGAAAUUUCUGUCAACGAGCCCCGCUGGCGCACCUCCAACCGGUCCUCCGUUCAUUCCUCCAAAACAACCAUCGUCGCUUCACACAAAGGAGGCAGUCGUCCAGCUAGCCAAGUGAGGGAUAAGGAGGAUAUUGAGAACGAGCAGGGUGCCAUUGCUGCGCCAAAGAGAGUGAGCUCAGCUAUGGGCCUGCCGCAGACCAUCACCGUCAACUUGGCCGACUAUGCAAAGACGGCACAGCACGCCCCGCCUUCGCCGCUGGCAGAGUCCAGCACUGCAGCCUCUCAUGGCUCUGCCAUAGGGCCCAACGCUGGUGCCAGCGCGAGCGCAAGCAAGCCAGAGCUGCCAAGACGGCCGCAGAGUGGAUCAUCAAGGCGAGACAGCAGGGCCAAAGCGCCCGAGGCUGAUGGCGAGCAGCAGGCUGGCGAAGCAGACGACAAGCAUCAGUCGGCCAUCCUGGUCGCACAGCGCACUUCCCUUCGUCCAACGACCUCUCGCCCGGCAUCCUACGCUGAAGCGGCCAAGUCUCCCGCCACUGCGACCCCCUCAUCUACCCUUCCUCUUGCUCACCCCGAGCCCCGCACUUCCUCUCUCGCCCCUCCAACCACAAAGUCGAAACCCUCAUGGCUGAAACGAGGCGGCAAGUCAAAAAGUCCAGUCUCCAACGAAAAUUCCCCCGGUCCAUCUUCCAAACCCCACCCACCCGUCUUGCCACCACGCAAAAACAAGGCAAAUGUCCCAGACUCUGCUUCCCUCGCCGAUAUCCAGUCCGUCUCCUCUUCCGACUCUAUGGGCGCUCCCGAUAUAUCAGACAAGACGUCGUACGCGUCGAUAGCUUCCGGCCCUCCUCCGCUACCGCCUCGGAACAACGGGGCAGGUGUGAGGGGACGAAUAGCCGCUUGGACGCAGGCUGCUGCCCAAUCAGGCGGCAUGACGAGGUCUGACUCGACUCAGAGUCUUGCUCCCCCUCGCCUCGCCCCGCAGCCUACCGGCACUUCACAGUACCGGAUGCCUUCGUCCGCCUCGCGCGUCUUUGGUCACGCUGGCUCUGCGGUCUCGAAGGGGUGGGCAGGCUUGAGGUCAAAGGGGAUGAACAGUAGCAUGUCGAUUGGGAAUCUCAGCACCAUCGCCCAGAACGGCCCUUCCCAAAAGUCGUCUCGUACGUCGCCCUUGGGUGGUGGGAAGCGCGACCGCCUUCCGUCAGAUAAUCAGGAAAUUUCGGGCCCAAUAUUCGACCAAGAGAUCGUCAAGCGACCUCCAGAAGGAAACGAGGGCAAGGUGUUUGGGAGGGAAAUCGUGGAUGCUGGAAGGGAAUGGGGUGUGGUUGAUGCUGGGUUUGAGGUCGACGGGCAGAGCGAGUGGGAGUCGAGGAGAAGAAAGUGUCUGCCGGCUGUUGUCGUGCGGUGUGUUGACUAUUUGGAAAUAUGGGGACCUAAAGAAGAAGGCAUCUUCCGGAUCAGCGGCCGAAGCAGUCAUGUGGCUACGCUGAAGAGAAACUUUGACUCUGGAGCGGAUAUUGACCUGGCGGACUGUCAUCCUGGAGACCUUGAUCCCCAUGCUGUUGCUGGUGUCUUUAAAUCGUAUCUUCGAGAACUUCCUGCGCCCCUUCUGACGAAGGAGCAUGGACCAAAGUUCGAGGAGCUUGUCGCCAAGAAGAAUGAGAAAGUCCGGAAGGAGGAGUCAACAGAGCUGGAGGAUGAAGAGUUUGCCGAUCUGCUGGCUCAGUUGCCCCAGUCCCACUGGUUCUUGCUCUCCGAAUUAGUCAAACUCCUCGACCUCAUUCCCAAGCACAAUGAAGUCAACCGUAUGACUCUUAACGCCCUUAUGCUCUCUCUCGGCCCCUCCCUCAACAUCCCCGGGGCAGUCGUGACCGAGUUGAUGGAGCGCCGCGACGUCCUGUUCGCUCAGCCGCCCCCUCCUUCAGUGCUUGAGGAUGCGGCCGACCUUAUCGACUUUGGCGAUGUCGACAUCCCCCUGUCCGCUGUCCCUCAAUCCACCACCUCAAGCUCCUUCAGCUUGUCUUCCCUGCCGCCUAGCCCUAUCGCAGACGAUGUUGCUACGAUGUCUGGAUCAGUGAAGCGCAAACCUCCUCGCCUACCCACUCGCCCGAGUAUCACCAAGCUCUUCUCUGGUAGUCAGGUCAACCUGCAAAAGCAAAAGAGUCAGGAGACAUUGGCGAGCAUAACGGACGUGGAGCCGCCGAGGGUAGAUGUGACUGUCUCGCCGACGUCGCCGUUGCCUGCCUUUGACAAGAAUGGGGAAGAGGUGACUCCGCACAAGCGCGAUACGAUCAGGGCGCAGACUGCCCCUGCCGAGAUCCCCAUUCCUGCUAUCGCUUCGUCCAUGACAAUAGCGGAGAUGGACCCGACCGAGGAGAUACACUAUGCCCCUGGUACGGUGGAAGAGCGUUCAAAGUUGUUCUCUGCCCCUGCCACUCCCACCAGUGCAGCCUCAACUUCCACACCGAUAGCAGACCGAUAUACUGCCGGCCACUCGUUCUUCCCCUUCCUGAGAGCGCCAAAGGAGCAAGGGUCUGUCAGGUCAGCGAGGUCGUCGUCGUCGGUCGGGGCAUUCGGCGAAGAACGUCCGGGAAGCGCUGCUGGCAGUAUUGGAUCGGGUGGCUCGGGGCCCAACCCUGUUUCAGUCAUUCGCCGCGGUCCUCCCGUCUUCUUCCAGAGCUCCAACGUCGAAAGUCGGCAUGUGAGGAGCAUGUCGUCUGUACCUAGUGGCGACACUGGCAGGAGCAAGAGCCCCUCUUCCUCCAGGAGAAAGAGGAAGGAGGAGAUGGCUGGGGAGGAGGAUCAAGAGAAGAGGAACAGUAAGCGACUGUCUGCUGGACCUGGGGUCUUGGAUGGCGUGGUGGCCUAG